CUGUCUGCCUGAUAACACCUCUCCUCAGAGCCUGCCACACUGGAUCUGAUGUGAAAGCUGAUGAGAAGCAGCCGGGGCGAGGUACUCGUGUUUACCGGGGAAAGUUUAAGAUCUGGCGUCCAGCUGGGUGGAGUGGGACGGAGCAAAGUGAG